AUGGAUAAAAUAUUGGUUAAAGAUAGUUGUGAUCUGUACGGCCGACCCGCCCGCAGGACACAAUGGAUAGCGAGUACCCUGGCUUACCACUACGGACUGGAUCGGGGAGUAGAGAACGAAAUUAUAGUUCUGGCGACCGGACUGGACCAGUAUCUGCAGGAGAUCUUCCACCACAUGGACUGUACAGGAGAUGGGAAGAUAUCCAUGGAGGACUUUAAUAUUCUGUGUGAGAUCUUGGGGUUGAACAAAGACUCUGAGUCGGAGGAGUGUGUGGGGGUCCUGGAUAAUCUGCCCAGUGAGUUUACCUUCAGGCAGUUCCACGCUAAACUCUGCGGAUACUUCAGCACCAAGGCUGGGUCCCAGUAUGAGAACGGGAGGUUACUGGUCGGGAAAGACAGCGAGCAUAUAGAGACUCAGAUCCGCCUGAGGAUCCCUCUGAGGCGGCGAAAGAAGAUGCUAUCUCUGGGGACCGGUGGGAGAGAGAGCCCGGGAUCGUCACCGAACUCAGAUAGACAUUUGCCGGGCUGUCGGCAGCUGCGCGCCUUCUGCACCCGGGAGUGUUACGAGGAGAUUGUGGCUCUGGAGGAAGCAGAGGAAAGGAUAACUAAACUACAGGAUGAGAAUGCCAGUCUGAGGGAGCUGGUGGAGGAUAUGAGGGCGGCUCUACAGAGCAGUGAUGCCCGCUCCCUGGCACUACAGGUAGGACUGUUGAAGAGCCACUCCAAACACGAAUCAGAGAGCGGCUGCUUCAUCGCUCAUCACAAACUAUCUGUCCGGACGACCCACAGCAGCAACAACUGCCAUGGGAACACCAAGACCCACAACCUCAGCCACAUCAAGACGACCCACAGCAGCAAUCCCAGCAGCCAGCGUGACCCCAGUCAGUACUCUAGCCUGAAGACCAGUAGCCAGUACACUAUUGACCCGAUCCACAGCUCUCGGAAUGGGCAGGUGGAGGAGGCCAUUCUGUUUAAUAAAAAGCUGGAACAAGAGCUGAGGUCGUCGCGGGAGGCAGUGUCGGAGUUAGAGGGGUGUAACAGGGCACUGCAGGUGGAGCAGGGGGACAUGAGGAGGAAGGUGGAGGAUGCCCGUCAGGCGCUGGUCAGUGGAAUGGGGAAGGUCAAAGAGCUGGAGGCUAAAGCCAGCAGAGUACCAGUCCUACAGAGACACAUCAAGCAGCUGGAGCAGGAGAUCCUCUACUACAGGUCGGAAGUGUCUAAAUUACAGCUCUCAUGGUGCACAAGGGCAAAUAAGCAGGUGGGCGGAGCCUGCGGACCAGUCCAGAGGUGUUGCCUAGACAACCAACAGGACCGCCGGUCCCCCACCGGCCGCUCUGAGACAACUCCAGAUAACAGUCAGGAGCAGUUGUUCCGGUCAGUAGAAGGCCAGGCAGCAUCAGACGACGACGAGGAAAAGUGGACAGGUGAACAACAGAGACAGGUGGACGAAAUGAAGAGGAUCCUCACCAGACUGUCCUGCUGCGGAGACAGGUGUGAUGACAAGGCUAUGAAGAAACUGCUGUCCCACUUCAGUGGUUCCAGGAGGAGUGAGGAGAGCACAAGAGGAGGAGAGGAGGAGGAGAGGAGUGAGGAGAGGAGGAGUGCGGUGGUAGAGCUCUUAGAGAAGGUGACGAGGCUGAAUAAAAAGUUGGAGCAGAAGGAGACCCAGGCACAACAGUUACAGAUGGACAUGGGCCAGAUGAAAGACAGUCUGGUCCAGGUGUUACAACAGAAAGCUGAGGAGGCAGAGCUGCUACAGACAGAACUGCAGCUGCUACAGACAGAACUACAGAUGCUGGAGACAGAAAGAGUGUGUCUGUCCCUAGUGGAGGAGAAGUUGCUGGAUGUUCUACAGCUCCUCCACCAGCUCAGAGACCUCAACGUGUCCCGACGCUCCCUGGGGAAGAUCUUACUGAGCACCUUGGAGUCCUGCAGCGACCCACAACAUGUUUUGGAGAGGAAUGAAGUGGGCGGCUUUGGAAAACCGAUCCACCACAGUCAGGAUGGUGGUGAUGCCAUCAGGUGGGAGAAGACCCGUGACAAAGUCCAGGGGGAUAUGAGACCAGGGACGGUGAGCGACCGGCAGAGCCUGGAGGAGUGGCACCGCGUCAGGUUAUCAAGGCCCCCUCAGGGUUCGGCUGGGAACGCUGCGGCUCACAAUCGUGCUUCCCUAUUCCCCAAGCCUGGAGGAGUGGGACCGCGUCAGGUUAUCAAGGCCCCAUCAGGGUUCAGCUGGGAACGCUGCGCCUCACGAACGUGCUUCCCUAUUCCCCAAGUCUGGAGGAGUGGGACCACGUCAGGUUAUCAAGGCCCCCUCAGGGUUUGGCUGGGAACACUGUGCCUCACAAACGUGCUUCCCUAUGCCCCAAGCCUGGAGGAGUGGGACCAUGUCAGGUUAUCAAGGCCCCCUCAGGGUUUGGCUGGGAACAUUGUGCCUCACAAACGUGCUUCCCUAUUCCUCAAGCCUGGAGGAGUGGGACCACGUCAGGUUAUCAAGGCCCCCUCAGGGUUCGGCUGGGAACGCCGUGCCUGA